AUUACCAUUAAGCUCAUGACGUCAGUGGUUGAUGUUUUAACUAAUAGAGCCAGUGUAUUUAAAGGAGCAUUGAGCCUGAGGGAAAGCAGUUCUAGUGCAACAAAAUCACCAGUAAAAAUGGUCAAAUUUAUGACAGUUGGUCUGUUUGUGAGUAUCUUUUUGUUUGGGCUUGGAGUGGAGUCCUUUCCCUUAAUGAACUUGUAUGGCUAUGUACAUAGUCAGUUUGGUACUCAUUUGUACACAUACAACACAUCAAUAAUUGGAUAUGCUGUCCCUGGACGAAUUGGUGUGAAUAGCUACAGGUCGGAAGGAAUUGUCUGUCUCCUGGACUCAGAUAAUUCUGGAAUUCCCCUCUAUCACUACAGUAAAAAGGGCUCACCUGAAAAUUUGUAUACAACAAAUACAACAGAAACUGCUGGAGGUGGAUAUGAAUUUAAAGGGGUUGUUGGGUAUUGCUAUCAAACACAGGAGCCUCACACAGUUCCUCUCUACCGAUACAAGAAAACUGUGCGACUGGGUUUUACUGAUCACUAUUACACAACAGAUGCUAAUAAGAUUGGUCUUGUGACUCCUGGCACUACUGGAAGAGAUCAAUACACUUAUGAAGGAGUUGCCUGCUUUGUGUACAAUGUCAAGUAUCAUUGAGAACUCACCAAAUGAACUGCAUUUUUUUACUUAUUUCAAUGCUGCGUCAAUUGUUUUUAAGUUUGUCAUAUUGUGUCAUUUUUCAAAAAGAAAUUGUUGUUGACAAGUUGUCACAGAAUAGUA